UGAAAAAAUAGUUACUAGCCAUGCAGGCUGGUCCUUAAGGUUACCUCGGUACCCUCGGCAACGGCCCUUCUUUGAUAUAAACAAACUUAAUGCGUUAAAUUGCUUUGACAAGGAACAAAUUUAAACCGCACCAUAUUUUAUAGUUUUUAUUCUUGGACUCACUCUUACAGGUUCAUAAUUAAUCAACAAACGCAAUUAUGACUUCCUUAGAUUUGAGAUUGCAAAAAUUGGAACAACAGCGUCAACUUCUGGCUGAAAAAAUGAAACAAAAACGGCAAAGUGGAGCUGGAGGAAUGGUACAAGCAUCAAAUAUAUCUUCUGCUCAUAAAACUCAUUCUACCAAGUGGCUAACUCCCAUGAAACAAUCUCAGACAUGCGAUGGCCAGCAAUUACACAAUCUUUCAUCAGUCAGUCAAAAUAACCCAAUAGUAUUAAAAGAAAAAAAUAUGGCAGGAUUUGAUGGUGAAUUAAAUGGCGAUGGAGAUAUCUUCGACGAUGGUAUGGCAACAAUGGGAGAUUGUGUUGAUGAGGAAUCAUCACCUUUAGACACACGAUUAACAGCACCGCACGAGUCUCUCUCUUAUCAAUUACAUUCCCCCCUGCCAGUAGCACCUUUUGAUGGUUCUGAUACCAUUAUUGUCAAUCGAGAAAUUCAGUCCAAUAGUCCCGAAUUGGAGGGCAAUGUUGAAGGAAAUAUUGAGCAUUUUGUUGUUCAACCAGCUAAUAAAAAAAUGCAUUUCAAAUGUCGAAUUACUCGUGAUAGAAAGGGAAUGGAUCGUGGUCUCUAUCCAACCUAUUUUCUGCAUCUAGAACGUGAUUAUGGAAAAAAAAUCUUCCUGCUCGCCGGAAGAAAACGAAAAAAAAGUACAACAAGUAAUUACUUGAUAUCAACUGAUCCAACUGAUUUAUCUCGUGGCGCUGAUUCUUAUGUUGGCAAAUUACGUUCCAAUCUUUUGGGCACUCAAUUUACAAUUUAUGAUAGCGGUUACUCUCUGAUGAAACAAAAUAAACGAGAUGAUCGAUCAACUCCACGUCAAGAAUUGGCCGCUGUGGUUUAUGAUACCAAUGUACUUGGAUUCAAAGGACCUCGCAAAAUGACGGUUAUUAUACCUGGAAUGACCGCUGAUCAACAAAGAAUACCCAUUUGUCCACGGGAUGAAUCUGAAACAUUACUUGAAUGCUGGAAAAUGAAAAAUAUGGAUAAUUUGAUUGAACUACACAACAAAACACCUGUAUGGAAUGAUGAUACUCAAUCUUACGUCCUCAAUUUCCAUGGUCGUGUUACACAAGCGUCUGUCAAAAAUUUUCAAGUUGUUCACGAUAGUGACACUGACUACGUUGUUAUGCAGUUUGGCCGCGUAGCAGAGGAUGUUUUCACCAUGGAUUAUCGAUUUCCUCUUUGUGCUCUUCAAGCCUUUGCUAUUGCUCUGAGUAGUUUUGAUGGCAAACUUGCUUGCGAAUGAAUUUCAAUGUGUACAAUAACAAUUCAAUUUACAAAAUGAGUUAUUAAUGAGGUGAAAAGGAAAUUGGAGAAAAUAAUAUGCAAUUGGGCUACAUAAAUGGCACGUCUUGUGUUCAAGUCAUCAUGGCAACUGGAGGAACUAUUUCAAUGGGUUUUUUUUUUUCAGCCCUCAUCACUCAUGUUAUUAUAUCGGAUUUUCGUUCAAUGAUACAUUAGAAAUUAAUUUUCAUUCAAUAACGAUGUAAUUUCCUUUAGUAUUGAUCUCGAAGUGUGACUUUCUCAAUAACUCACCAUACAUUAAUGUACUUUUUUCCCAAAUUGUUCAUAUAAUCUAGAUACGAAUACACACCAACAAUACAGUAUUAUGUCUAUAUAGAAAUAAAUCACGGCAAUUAUUUGUUACUUUUUCAACUUGUAAUAUUUUACACCCACCAGAACUGUGUUUUUCUUCUCAUUUCAUUUAUAAUUUCAGCAGGGUCAUUAAAAAUUUUACAAUUCACUUACUUGAUUAGUCAUUAUAUUUUUUCCACAUUUAUUCAUCAUCCACGUCUAAGUAAGCGUAUAAAUAUAAGUUGUAUUUAAUUGAUUCACUAAAUAAACUUUUUCAAUAGAAAAUUGUAAAAUAAAAACGAAACACAAAAAAUACGCAAGUGUAAUUCAUAAUUUUCAAUAUCGGCAGUUUUAUUGUAUCAACAUUAAUGAAUUGAAUAAAAAAUAACUUGUUGUCGAGAAGAAAAAACAA